AGCUAUAUAUCAGGUGCUAAUUUAUCAUUAGUUUCACAUAGAUACAUAAAUUGUAAAAGGGAUGGAAGGAACAAAAAAGGGUAGCAGCAGAGUAUGUGUAACAGGAGGAACAGGAUUUAUUGGAUCAUGGCUCAUCAUGAGGCUUCUUCAACAUGGUUACUCUGUCAACACCACUAUUAGAUCUCAUCCAGAUAGGAAGAGAGAUAUUAGCUACCUCACAAACCUAGAAGGUGCAUCAGAGAGGCUUCAAAUUUUCAAUGCUGAUAUCAAAAAUCCAGAAAGCUUUUCUGCAGCAAUUGCAGGAUGUGUGGGAGUUUUCCAUCUAGCUCAACCGAUGGAUUUUGAAGAUGAAGAAGUCGACGAAAUGAAGGUCAAAAGUGUCAUUGCAGCAACAUUGACGAUUUUACAAGCAUGUAUCGAUUCAAAGACAGUUAAACGAGUUGUAUACACUUCUAGUGAUGUUGCUGUUUUAUUUAAUGAUAAAGGCUUAGACAUAGUAGAUGAAAGCUCUUGGAGUGAUGUUGAUUUCAUUAAAUUUGCAAAGACAAUAGUACCAUCAUACUCAGUGUGUAAGACUUUGACAGAGAAAGCAGCAAUUGAAUUUGUAGAAAAAAAGGGACUUGAACUUGUUUCUAUACUUCCUUCUUGGGUACAUGGACCCUUCAUAACUCCUCACUGUCCCGAUACUGUUCGAAUAUUUUUGGGCAUGAUAUUUGGAAAUCGUGAAUAUGUGCUAGAGCAACAAAAACUCAUUCAUUUUGUACAUGUAAAUGAUGUGGUGAGUGCACAUAUCUUUCUUUUCGAGCAUCCAAAUGCAAAAGGGAGAUAUAUUUGUUCUUCUGCAGAGACAACAAUACAUGAACUCUCCAAAUUUCUUUCAGUCAGAUGCCCUGAAUAUCAAAUACCAAUUAUAGAAGAUUCUUUGGAGGAGAGUAGUGGCCUAAAAUAUCCCAGACUUUCAUCUAAGAAGCUUUUGGACACUGGAUUCAAGUUCAAGUAUGGACCAGAGGAAAUGUAUGAUGGAGCCAUUGAGUGUUGCAAAACAAGGGGCCUGCUCUAGUCAUUUAAUUUAGGUUCAAACCUCUAAGAUAUAUGGGUCUAUGUUUUCACAUUCUAGAACUGAAGAACACCAUGAUCUUAAUAUCUUUUUAAAGAUCCUGUAGAUGGCUUUGUGCAUUUGAUUACCAUUUACAU